CAGAGCCAGCUGGGCAUUUGCCAUAUCUUAUUUUUAUUUAAGAAUUUCAAAGAAGGGGGGAAAGGCUGAAGUACCAUAGCAGUAGUGUAUUUUCGUGCGUAAACGGGAUAGGUUGUUCUUCAGAUUCUUAGGAGUCCUGCUACACUUUCAGACUGAGGAGUUUAUUUGGAGGUAGUGUCCUGGGUGGAGUUUUCUUUGCCUCCGCAAGAGUCCCUGCGGUGCACGGAUUACAAUGCAAAGGAUUUUGGAGGUUUGGGUCACCUUGGUGACAGUUUCUGCGCUGACCGAGGGGGUCUUUGGAGGAUACGGGCUGAGCAUGUUUGCUGCGCAGUCUUCCCCUCCAGACCCGUGCUAUGAUGAGAACGGGAACCCGCGGAGAUGCAUCCCCGAUUUCGUCAACUCCGCUUUUGGGAAGGACGUGCGCGUAUCCAGCACCUGCGGCAACCCGGCCGCCAGGUACUGCGUGGUGACCGAGAAGGGAGAGGAGAGGACGAGGGACUGUCACACGUGCGACGCCGGGGAUCCCAAGAAGUCCCAUCCACCUGCGUAUUUAACAGACCUCAACAACCCUCACAACCUCACCUGCUGGCAGUCUGAAAACUACAUGCAGUAUCCGCAGAACGUCACCCUCACCUUGUCGCUGGGCAAAAAGUUUGAGGUCACCUACGUGAGCCUGCAGUUCUGCUCACCUAGACCCGAGUCCAUGGCCAUCUACAAGUCCAUGGACUAUGGCAAAUCAUGGGUGCCGUUUCAGUUUUACUCCACUCAGUGCAAGAAAAUGUACAACAGGCAAAAUAAGGCGACAAUAACCAAGCAGAACGAGCAAGAGGCCAUUUGCACGGACUCCCACACAGACAUGCACCCUCUGACAGGUGGACUCAUCGCCUUCAGCACCCUGGACGGGAGACCGUCGGCGCACGACUUCGACAACUCCCCGGUGCUGCAGGACUGGGUGACGGCCACCGACAUCAAGGUGAUCUUCAGCCGGCUUCACACUUUCGGAGACGAGAACGAGGACGACUCGGAGCUGGCCCGCGACUCCUACUUUUACGCCGUGUCCGACCUGCAGGUCGGUGGACGCUGCAAAUGCAACGGACACGCUUCGAAGUGCGUCAAGGACAGAGAGGGGAAUCUGGUUUGUGAGUGCAAACACAACACGGCGGGACCGGAGUGCGACAGGUGCAAACCUUUCCACUAUGACCGACCCUGGCAGCGCGCCACGGCCAGAGAAGCCAACGAGUGUAUCGCCUGCCACUGCAACCUGCACGCCCGCCGCUGUCGCUUCAACAUGGAGCUGUACAAGCUGUCGGGCCGGAGGAGUGGCGGGGUCUGUCUCAACUGCCGUCACAACACAGCGGGACGCCAUUGUCACUACUGCAAGGAGGGUUACUACAGGGACAUGACCAAGUCCAUCUCUCACAGGAGAGCUUGCAAAGCAUGUGAUUGCCACCCAGUUGGAGCAGCAGGGAAGACGUGUAACCAGACAACAGGCCAGUGCCCCUGCAAGGACGGAGUGACGGGAAUCACCUGUAACCGCUGUGCCAAAGGCUACCAGCAGAGUCGCUCACCUAUCGCUCCCUGCAUCAAAAUCCCAGUUGCAUCUCCUACAGCAACUUACAGCAGCUACGAGGAGCCGUCAGAUUGUGAAUCACACUGUAAAGCUUCCAAGGGAAAGAUGAAGAUCACCAUGAAGAAGUACUGUAAAAAAGACUAUGCUGUCCAAGUGCACGUUCUAAAAGGAGACAAAGCAGGCGAGUGGUGGAAGUUCACCGUCAACAUAAUUUCUGUCUACAAACAAGGUGAGCACCGCAUCCGCCGCGGGGACCAGCUGCUGUGGGUGCGCGCAAAGGACGUGGCCUGCAAAUGCCCUAAGAUCAAGCCCGGGAAGAAGUACCUGCUCCUGGGUACAGACGACGAUUCCCCCGGGCAGAGUGGUGUAGUGGCGGACAAGGGGAGCCUGCUCAUCCCUUGGAAGGACCUGUGGAGCCGCCGGCUGAGGAAGUUCCAACAGCGUGACAAGAGGGGAAAGUGCUAAAAGUAGCUGGAGGAGGAGAGAAAGAGAGAGAUCGAGGGAGAAGUAGAGGCAAAAUAACGCCUCUACCGGGAUGAAUGCAAGGAAGAGGAGAGGAUGGAUGAAUAAAAAAAAAACUGGAAGAAUAAAAGAUAGAGAGACACAGGUGAAAAGUAGGAGAGAUGGGGAAUGACUGAGUGCUGCUGCUCUGAGUUGGAGCGAAGACAUUAGUGUUUUUUUUCUUUAGGAACUUUUGUGAAGGAGCUCAUUCUACAGUUGUUCUGUUUCUGUUCGUCUUUCAAGUUUUCUCAUGUAAUUGCAGAGUUUGCACCUAAUGUUACAGAUAUGCCACAUCCUGACUAUUUUACCCAUGAUGCUGUUGUUUUUUAAAGUCCCUUGUUCAGUUGUUUUAAAGAGCAAUGCAUCUACUGUAUCACCCGUGUGUGUGUCCUUCAGAGGAUCUAUCUCCACUGCUCUGUGUCCAGUUAAAAGAGGAGGGUUACUGCAUGGUACUGUGGGACUCCACUCAUGUAUGAGAAGCUGCUCUUGCAACCUGCCAAACUUUGGAGAAACUUUAUCAACAGCUGAAAGUGAAAAAUUGUUUAUUACUGCGGUUAGAGUGCCAUUUUGCCUGAGAGCUCCGGGCUCAUAUGUGAGUGUUACCUCAGUGUUGUGGGAACAAAAUGCCAUAAUGAUCCUCGCCUCAUUCUGUACAAUGAUCUCAUGACACGCAAGUUCUUUGUUCAGCGCUUAUUAUGGAUAUUUCAACAGUAUUGUUGUGGUUGUGACCUCUGCAAUGUAAAGUAACCAUACGUGCAUACAUAGACAUUAUUUUUAGUAGAUGGUGCUGUAGCAUCAACUAGAUGUAGAGUAGAUAUGUCAACCAUGCACUUAUUUUUACUAGUCAAAAGUUUUAGAACAUAUGAAAUAUGUUCACAAUUAUUUUUAGAGUGGCAUCCAAAAAGAAAAGAAUCCUAUACUCAACCCCAUGAUGCAAAAAAAAAAAAAAAAAGAUGUGUCUGAUUUACAGUAACAGCUCUGUUCAAAUGUCUCACAACUACA